UAUCUGAAGGAACAGGAACAUUGACCACUUAUUAAGAUUGUGGCAUCAUGUGUCAAUUACGGAUGGUAAAAGGAGUCGAAGCGUGCCGUUGACACUCUGUAAAUAAUCCUGGUGCUCCUGGAUUGGGAAUUUAUCGAUCGAAACACAGGUUUACUGGGCUGGCUUUGGCCUGAGGAAGCAGCUCAAGAUGAACAUGGUGAAGAGGAUCAUGGGCCGUCCGCGGCAGGAGGAGUGCAGCCCGCAGGACAACGCGCUCGGCCUCAUGCACCUGCGCCGCCUCUUCUCCGAGCUCUGCCAUCCGCCGCGUCACAUGACCCAGAAGGAGCAGGAGGAGAAGCUCUACAUGAUGCUGCCCGUCUUCAACAGGGUGUUUGGGAACGCUCCCCCGAGCUCCAUGAACGAGAAGUUCUCCGACCUGCUCCAGUUCACCACGCAGGUGUCCCGCCUCAUGGUGACCGAAAUCCGGCGCCGGGCAUCCAACAAGUCCACAGAGGCUGCUAGCCGUGCCAUAGUGCAGUUUCUGGAGGUGAAUCAGAGUGAGGAGACGAGCCGUGGCUGGAUGCUCCUGACCACCAUCAACCUGCUGGCCUCAUCCGGACAGAAAACGGUGGACUGCAUGACCACCAUGUCGGUUCCCUCCACGUUGGUCAAGUGUCUGUACCUGUUCUUCGACCUGCCACACACGCCCGAGGUGCCGGCCGCCACGCAGACAGAGCUGCCGCUGGCUGACCGCCGCGCCCUCCUACAGAAGGUCUUCGUACAGAUCCUGGUGAAGCUGUGUAACUACGUGUCCCCGGCGGAGGAGCUGGCCCAGAAGGACGACCUGCAGCUGCUGUUCAGCGCCAUCACGUCCUGGUGCCCGCCGCACAACCUGCCCUGGAGGGCCAGCGCCGGGGACGUGCUCACCACCAUCUCCAGACACGGCCUCAGCGUCAACGUGGUCAAGUACAUACACGAGAAAGAGUGUCUCUCCACGUGCAUCCAGAACAUGCAGCAGUCAGACGACCUGUCGCCGCUGGAGAUCGUGGAGAUGUUCGCCGGGCUCUCGUGCUUCCUGAAGGACUCGAGCGACGUGUCCCAGACGCUCCUGGACGACUUCCGCAUGUGCCAGGGCUACAACUUCCUGUGUGACCUCAUGCUCAGGCUGGAGCAGGCCAAAGAGGACGAGUCCAAAGACGCGCUGAAGGACCUGGUGAACCUGGUGACCUCGCUGACCACGUACGGCGUCACGGAGCUGAAACCGGCCGGCCUCACCACCGGCGCCCCCUUCCUGCUGCCCGGCUUCGUGGUCCCGCAGCCCUCGGGGAAAGGCCAGACGGUGCGCAACAUCCAGGCCUUCUGCGUGCUCCAGAACGCCUUCCUGAAGGCGCGCACGGGCCGCCUGGCGCGCGUCCUCCUGGAGGCCGUCGGCAACGUCUACGGCGCCGACCGCGCCAACUACUUCAUCCUGGAGGCGCAGCACACGCUCUCGCAGCUGGCCGACAAGGUGGCGCGCACGCCCGACACCCACGCCAAGUACUUCGAGCUCCUCGAGUUCGUGGUGUUCGGCCUGAACUACGUGCCGUGCAAGGAGCUGUUCAGCGUCAGCGUGCUGCUGAAGGCCAGCGGCGCCGGGCCGUGCGCUCUAGUGGCCACCCGCUCGCUGCUCAAGCUGGCGCGCCACCACGCCGUGUUCAGCGACGUGUUCCGCGAGGUGGGCCUGCUGGAGGUGCUGGUCAACCUGCUGCACAAGUACGCCGCGCUCAUGAAGGACCCGGCCGCCCAGCACCACCUGCAGCAGCACAACCACAACAGCCAGCCCAACAACAGCCAGCCCCAGCCCAACGAGCAGGGUGACUGUAAGAACAACGUGUCUGAGGACCAGAAGCAGUUGGCUUGGCUGGUGAUGGAGACGCUCACAGUCCUACUGCAGAACUCCAACACUAACGCAGGGCUGUUCCGUGAGUUUGGCGGGGCGCGCUGCGUGCACAACAUCGUGAAGUACCGGCAGUGCCGCGAGCAGGCGCUCAUGAUCAUCCAGCAGCUGGUGCUGUCGCCCAGCGGAGACGACGACAUGGGCACUCUGCUGGGGCUCAUGCACUCAGCGCCCGCCACAGAGCUGCAGCUCAAAACUGACAUAUUGAGGGCCCUGCUGGCGGUGCUGCGGGAGAGCCACCGCACGCGCACCGUCUUCCGCAAGGUGGGCGGCUUCGUGUACGUCACCUCGCUGCUGGUGGCCAUGGAGCGCUCGCUGUGCUCGCCGCCGCAGAGCGGCUGGGAGCGCGCCAACCAGAACCAGGUCUUCGAGCUGCUGCACGCCGUCUUCUGCACGCUGACCGCCGCCAUGCGCUACGAGCCGGCCAACUCGCACUACUUCCGCACCGAGAUCCAGUACGAGAAGCUGGCCGACGCCGUGCGCCUGCUCGGCUGCUUCUCCGACGCCAAGAAGGUGGGCGCCGUCACGGCGCGGCCCUCCAACGCCCAGCCCUUCCAGCGCAUGCUGGAGGAGGAGCAGCAGCAGCAGCUGGUCCCCGUGCAGGCCACGCAGGCCACGGACGGCGUCAGCCCCACGCUCAGGCACUGCGGCAAGCUCUUUAUCUACCUGUACAAGAUGGCCACCGACUCGUUCGACAGACAUGGCUACCAUGGCUCCUCCUCCUCCAACAACGCCCCGGCCAAAGUGCCCGUGGACCUGAAGCUGCACCUGGGCAACUCGUCCUCCUCCUCCCUGCACUCGGCCGACCCGGUGGUCAUCCACCCCGGCGCCGCCCUGGCCAUGCUGGACCUGCUGGCCUCCGUCUGCUCCGACACGCAGCCCGAGCAUGCUCUGGACCUGCAGCUGGCGGUGGCCAACCUGCUGCAGCUGCUGGUGCACUCGGAGCGGAACCAGCAGGUCCUGUGUGAGGCGGGCCUGCACUCGCGCCUGCUGCAGCGCUGCAGCUGCGCCCUGGCCGACGAGGACCACCCGCUCCACCCGCCCCUGCAGAGGAUGUUCGAGCGCCUCGCCUCGCAGGCCCUGCAGCCCAUGGUGCUCAGGGAGUUUCUGCGGCUGGGCAACCCUCUGAACUGCGGCGCCUGGGACAAGAAGCUGCUCAAGCAGUACCGCGUGCACAAGCCCAGCUCACUCAGCUACGAGGCCGAGAUGAGAAGUAGCAUGACCAUGUCGAUGGAGGGCUUCGGGCCGGACAGCGUGUUUGCCGUGACGACCGAGGACACCAGUCAAUACCGCAUCAGCCGCAGCCUGGUGCGCUCGUCCGAGGACAGCACGGUGCCGCUGACACGCGUCAAGUGCCUGGUCUCCAUGACGACGCCACACGACAUCCGGCUGCAUGGCUCUGCUGUCACGCCCGCCUUUGUGGAGUUCGACACGUCAUUGGAGGGCUUCGGCUGUUUGUUCCUGCCAAGCUUGGCCCCACACAACGCCCCCUCCAACAACGCCAACACAUCUGGAGUCAGUGAUGGAGCCGUGCUCAGUGGCAUGGGAGCGGGUGAGCGUCUGUUCCCCCCUCCGUCGGGCCUGAGCUACUCGUGCUGGUUCUGCAUCGAGCGCUUCAGCACGCCGCCGCACAACCACCCGGUGCGCCUGCUGACCAUGGUGCGGCGGGCCAGCUCCUCCGAGCAGCACUACGUGUGCCUGGCCGUCGUGCUGUCCGCCAAGGACCGCUCGCUCAUCGUCUCCACCAAAGAGGAGCUGCUGCAGAACUACGUGGAUGACUUCAGCGAGGAGUCGUCGUUCUACGAGAUCCUGCCGUGCUGCGCGCGGUUCCGGUGUGGCGAUCUGAUCGGCGAGGGCCAGUGGCACCACCUGGUGCUGGUCAUGAGCAGGGGCAUGCUGAAGAACAGCAUGGCCACGCUCUACAUCGACGGCCAGAUGGUCAGCACCGUUAAGCUCCACUACGUGCACAGCGCACCGGGCGGCUCGGGCUCGACCAAUCCGCCGGUGGUGAGCGCGGUGUACAGCUACGUGGGCACGCCCCCGGCCCAGCGGCAGGUGUCCACGCUGGUGUGGCGUCUGGGCCCCACGCACUUCCUGGAGGAGGUGCUGCCCGCCGCCAGCGUGGCCGCCAUCUACGAGCUGGGGCCCAACUACGCCGGAACCUUCCAGGCCGUCUACCUGCCCUGUAAAGACGGGUCCAAGGUGGAGGCGUCCCCACCCUGCCCGGUGGCUCUGGUGCCCGAGGAGAAGGUGUCCUUUAGCCUGUACGCCUUCUCCGUGCUGGCGCUCACCGUGGCCAAGAUCAGGAAGGUCUACAACAAGCUGGACAGCAAGGCCAUCGCCAAGCAGCUGGCGGUGUCGUCCCACGAGAACGCCACGCCGGUGAAGCUCAUCAACAACUCAGCGGGCCACCUCAACGGCCCCGCCCGCAGCAUAGGAGCCGCCGUGAUUGGCUACCUGGGAGUGCGCGCGUUCGAGCCUAAGCCCGUCGCCACCAACCUGCAGUACGUGGGCGGCGCGGCGGCCAUCUUGGGACUCGUCGCCAUGGCGUCGGACGUGGAAGGGCUGUACGCCGCAGUGAAGGCGCUGGUGUGCGUCGUCAAGAGCAACCCCCUGGCCAGCAAAGAGAUGGAGCGCAUCAAAGGCUACCAGCUGCUGGCCAUGCUGCUGAAGAAGAAGCGCUCUCUGCUGAACAGUCACAUCCUCCACCUGACCUUCUCGUUGGUGGGCACGGUGGACAGCGGGCACGAGACCUCCAUCAUCCCCAACUCCACCGCCUUCCAGGACCUGCUGUGCGACUUCGAGGUGUGGCUGCACGCUCCGUACGAGCUCCACCUGUCUCUGUUUGAGCAUUUCAUCGAGCUGCUGACUGAGUCCAGCGAGGCGGCGAAGAAUGCGAAGCUGCUGCGUGAGUUCCAGCUGAUCCCCAAGCUGCUGCUGACGCUGCGGGACACGUCGCUGUCCCAGCCCACCAUCACCGCCAUCGCCAGCGUGCUCAGCCUGCUGCUGCAGGGCUUCCCCAACUCCUACGACCUGCUCAGAUUCGGACAGUUCAUCUCGUCCACCCUGCCCACAUUUGCCGUGUGUGAGAAGUUUGUUGUCAUGGAAAUCAGCGAGGAGAAAGUAGAUGGAGGGAAUGAGGAUGACUUUGGUGGUCUGCUGUCGGCCAACGUGAUUCUGCUGAGGAACCGGCUGCUGGACAUCCUGCUCAAGCUGCUCUUCAGCUCCAAGGAGAAGUGCACCGUCAACACGCAGGCGUGUGAGGAGCUGGUGCGGACGCUGGGCUUCGACUGGCUGCUCAUGUUCAUGGAGGAGCACCUGCACUCCAGCUCGGUGACGGCCGCCCUCUGGAUCCUGGUGGUGCUGCUUAGCAACCAGCCCAUCCUCAGCCGCUUCAAGGAGGGCCUGUCCGGAGGAGGCUGGCUGGACCACACCGACUCUGUGCUGACCAACAAGAUCGGGACUGUCCUGGGUUUUAACGUGGGCCGCAGUGCGGGCGGGCGCUCCACGCUGCGCGAGAUCAACCGCGACGCGUGUCACUUCCCCUGCUUCCCCGUCAUGCAGACGCUGCUGCCCAAGCACACCAACGUGCCCGAGCUCUACUUCCUGCUCAUGGCCCUCUUCCUGCAGCAGCCCGUCAGCGAGCUGCCCGAGAGCCUCCAGGUACAUUUUGACCUGGACUCCAUCUGGUCGUUCAUCUUCGGCGUGCCGGCGUCCAGUGCCACGGUGGUCAACUCCAUCCACAGCGUGUGCACCGAGGCAGCCUUCCUGCUGCUGGCCAUGCUGCGCAGCAUGCUCAACCUGCCGUGGCAGUCUGAGGAGGAGGGCUCGUGGCUGAGGGAGUACCCCGUCACCCUCAUGCAGUUCUUCCGCUACCUGUACCACAACGUGCCCGACCUGAGCCCCAUGUGGCACAGCCCGGAGUUCCUGUGUGCCCUCGCCGCCACCGUCUUCCCCUUCAACAUCCGGCCCUACUCCGAGAUGGUCACUGACCUUGAUGACGAGGCAGGCUCCCCCACUGAAGAGUUCAAGGCCUUCGCGGCCGACUCCGGCAUGAACCGCAGCCAGUCGGAGUACUGCAACGUGGGCGCCAAGACGUACCUGACCAACCACCCGGCCAAGAAAUACGUCUUCGAUUUCAUGCGCGUCCUCAUCAUGGACAACCUCUGCCUGAGCCCAGCCAGCAAGCAGACGCCCAUCAUAGACCUGCUGCUGGAGGCCUCUCCAGAGCGCUCCACCAGGGCCCAGCAGAAGGAGUUCCAGUCCUACAUCCUGGACAGCGUCAUGGAGCAUCUCCUGGCCGCUGACGUGCUUCUGGGAGAGGACGCCUCCAUGCCCAUCACCACCGGGGGCAACUACCAGACGCUGGUCAACAACGUCUUCUACUUCUCCCAGCGCGUGGUGGACAAGCUCUGGCAGGGCAUGUUCAACAAGGAGUCCAAGCUGGUGGUGGAGUUCAUCGUGCAGCUCAUCAGCCAGUCCAAGCGGCGUUCGCAGGGCUUAUCCCUGGACUCCAUCUACCACUGCCUGAACCGCACGGUGCUGUACCAGCUGUCGCGGCCGCACAAGACGGUUCCGCAGCAGGUGGCCCUGCUGGACUCCCUCCGCGUGCUCACCGUCAACCGCAACCUGGUGCUGGGGCCCGGCAACCAUGACCAGGAGUUCGUGGCCUGCCUGGCACACUGCUUCAUGAACCUGCACUCCGGGAGUAGCGUCGAGGGAUUCGGUCUCGAAGCCGAAGCGAGGAUGACCACCUGGCACGUCAUGGUUCCGUCGGAAAACGAGCCCGACCCGGUCCACAGCCAGGACCCCAGCGAAGGCCGCCAGCUGCUGCUGAAGGCGGUGAACCGCGUGUGGACGGAGCUGAUGCACAGCAAGAGGCCCAUGCUGGAGGAGAUCUUCAAGGUGUCCCUGCCCACCAACGACCGCGGCCACGUGGACAUCGUCACCGCACGGCCCGGCCUGGAGGAACCGGCCGCCAAGAGCUGGCAGAACCACCUCAUCCAUGAGAAGAAGUGUAUCAGUCGUGGCGAGGCGUUGGCUCCCGCCCAGUCGAAGCUGUCUCGUGUCAGCAGUGGCUUUGGCCUGUCCAAGCUCACCGGAGCCCGCCGCAACAAGAAAGAGAACAGCCUCAAUAAGAACAACCUCUCUGCACAGGAAACCUGCCAAUGGAUGUUCACUCACAUUGCUGUGGUGCGAGACCUCGUCGCAAUGCAGUACAAGGAGUACCAGGAGAGGCAACAGAAUGCUCUGAAGUAUGUGACUGACGAGUGGGCGGGCAUUGAGUACGAGUUGCUACGGGAACGUGGCCUUUGGGGGCCCCCCAUUGGCUCAAUCCUGGACAAGUUCCAGCUGGACAUGACGGAGGGCCCGUGCCGCAUGAGGAAGAAGAUGGUGCGCAAUGACCUCUUCUACAUCCACUACCCCUACGUACCUGAGCAGGAGCCCACCUCCAGCAACCACCAGGCCCCGCGUCCUGUGCCCUUAAUGGGAGCUGGCUUCCCCGCCCCUCUCCAGAAGCCGGUGCGCUACCGGCGGGCCAUCAGCUACGACAGCAAGGAGUACUACAUGCGGCUGCUGUCGGGCAACCCGGGCAUGUACCAGCACUCCGUGGAGCACAGCACCGAGGGCGAGACCACGCUGCACGAGCCCGAGCACGGAGAGGACACCAUCGCCAGGGUCAAAGGUCUGGUGAAGGCUCCUCUGAAGCGCUCGCGCUCCACGGCGGACGGCCAGGACGAGGAGAGCCAGGAGGGUCUGCAGGAGCAGCUGCUGGAGUCAGGAGCAGAGGAGGAGCAGAAGACCGACAACACCACUCUACUGCGCCUCCUGGAGGAGGGAGAGAAGAUCCAGCACAUGUACCGGUGUGCGCGCGUCCAAGGCCUGGACACCAGCGAGGGCCUGCUGCUCUUCGGCAAGGAGCACUUCUACGUCAUCGACGGCUUCACCAUGACCGUCACCCGCGAGAUCCGCGACAUCGAGACGCUCCCGCCCAACUUGCAUGAGCCAAUCAUUCCCAGAGGAGCACGUCAGAGCCAAAGUAUGCUGAAGAGGACCUGCAGCAUUUUCGCCUACGAGGACAUCAAGGAGGUGCACAAGCGCCGCUACCUGCUGCAGCCAAUGGCGGUCGAGGUGUUCUCCGGUGACGGACGAAACUACCUGCUGGCGUUCGGGAAAGGAGUGCGCAAUAAAGUCUACCAGAGGUUCUUGGCCGUCGUGCCCUCCCUGGCGGACAGCUCGGAGUCUGUGUCCGGUCAGAGGCCCAACACCAGCGUGGAGCAGGGCUCGGGACUCCUCAGCACUCUGGUGGGAGAGAGGUCUGUCACCCAGCGGUGGGAGCGAGGAGAGAUCAGUAAUUUCCAGUACCUGAUGCACCUCAACACUCUGGCUGGACGCUCCUACAAUGACCUGAUGCAGUACCCAGUCUUCCCCUGGAUCCUGGCUGAAUAUGACGCUGAGGAGCUGGACCUGACCAACCCAAAGACAUUCCGUAAUCUGUCCAAGCCCAUGGGUGCCCAGACAGACGACCGGCUCAUCCAGUACAAGAAGAGGUUCAAAGACUGGGAAGAUCCCAAUGGUGAGACUCCUGCCUAUCACUAUGGCACUCACUACUCCUCAGCCAUGAUCGUGGCGUCCUACCUGGUGAGGAUGGAGCCCUUCACCCAGAUCUUCCUGCGCUUACAGGGAGGUCAUUUUGACCUGGCUGACCGGAUGUUCCACAGCGUGAGGGAAGCCUGGCUGUCUGCCUCUAAACACAACAUGGCCGACGUCAAAGAGCUCAUCCCCGAGUUCUUCUACCUCCCAGAGUUUAUGCUCAACUCCAAUAACUUUGACCUAGGCAGCAAACAGAAUGGCACUAGACUGGGAGAUGUGAUCCUGCCAGCCUGGGCUAAAGGAGACCCGCGCGAGUUCAUCCGCGUACACAGACAGGCCCUGGAGUGUGACUAUGUGAGUGCCCACCUGCACGAGUGGAUCGACCUGAUCUUCGGCUACAAGCAGCAGGGGCCUCCGGCCGUGGAGUCGGUCAACGUGUUCCACCACCUCUUCUACGAGGGCCAGGUGGACAUCUACAACAUCAACGACCCGCUCAAGGAGACCGCCACCAUCGGCUUCAUCAACAACUUCGGCCAGAUCCCCAAACAGCUUUUUAAGAAGCCCCACCCGCCCAAGCGAGUGCGUGGCCGUGCCAACGGUGAACCAGCGGGUGUGCCAGCGUCACUCAGCGCCAACACUGACAAGAUCUUCUUCCAUCACCUAGACAACCUGCGGCCCUCCUUGGCCCCAGUCAAAGAGCUGAAGGACCCUGUGGGGCAAAUCGUGUGCACUGAUAAGGGCAUCCUGGCGGUGGAGCAGAAUAAGGUCCUGGCCCCGCCCGUCUGGAACAAGACGUUCGCCUGGGGCUACGCAGACCUCAGCUGUCGCCUGGCCAACUACGAGUCCGACAAGGCGGUGAUUGUGUAUGAGUGUUUGUCGGAGUGGGGCAAGAUCCUGUGUGCCAUCUGCCCCGACCCCAAGCUGGUCAUCACCGGAGGGACCAGCACGGCCAUCUGUGUGUGGGAGACCGGCACAUCCAAAGAGAGAGCCAAGACUCUGGCCCUCAAACAGGCUCUGUUGGGCCACACUGAUGCGGUGACGUGCCUGACGGCGUCCUCUGCGUACCACAUUGUGGUCAGCGGCUCUCGAGAUCGCACCUGCAUCAUCUGGGACCUCAACAAGCUGGCCUUCAUCACCCAACUCAGAGGCCACCGCGCGCCCGUCUCGGCCCUCUGCAUCAACGAGCUCACUGGGGAUAUUGUGUCCUGUGCGGGCACCUACAUCCACGUGUGGAGCAUCAACGGCAGCCCCAUCGCCAGCACCAACACCUUCACCGGCCGCAGCCAGCAGAUCCUGUGCUGCUGCGUCUCCGAGAUGAACGAGUGGGACACGCAGAACGUCAUCGUCACCGGACACUCCGACGGCGUUGUCAGGUUUUGGAGGAUGGAGUUCCUACAAGUCCCAGAAACCCCUGCUCCGGAGCCGGUGGAGCCUCCCGAAGUGAACGACUGCUGUGGAGAGGAGAAGAUGGCCACGGAGGGCCGCGAGACCCAGGUGGAGGAGAGCAGCGAGUCGGAGGGUGAGGAGCAGAGCGUCAGCGCUGCCGGCAGCAACGGCGAGCCCAAGCCCAGCCCCGCCCCCAACACCCGGCCCCAGCGGCCCGCCGCACGCGCCACCGCCUCCUGGUCCAUGGACAGCAGCUCGGAGGACUCGCGCCGCUGGUCCGACACGCUCAGCAUCGACGAGAAGGACGGUUUCGUCUUCGUCAACUACUCCGAGGGCCAGGGCCAGGGCCAGGGCCAGGGCCAGGGGCAGGCCCAGGGGCAGGGGCAGGGAAGGCCAGGGCAGCCCCCACACCCCAACCCCCACCCCCACCCCCACCCCCAUCACCAUCACCCUGGGCAGAGCGCCGUGCCACAGCCCCUGCAGCCCAGCACCAUGGAGGCCCGGCCCUACAACAAGCUCAGGCCAGGCUACAGAUGGGAGCGACAGCUGGUGUUCCGGAGCAAGCUCACUAUGCACACCGCCUUCGACCGCAAGGACAAUGCCCACCCGGCUGAGAUCACUGCGCUCGCCAUCUCAAAGGACCACAGCAAGAUCCUGGUGGGUGACGGGCGCGGGCGCGUCUUCAGCUGGUCGGUGAGCGAGCAGCCCGGCCGCUCGGCCGCCGACCACUGGGUGAAGGACGAGCAGGUGGACAGCUGCUCCGGCUGCACCGUCCGCUUCUCCCUCACCGAGAGACGCCACCACUGCAGGAACUGCGGACAGCUCUUCUGCCAGAAGUGCAGCCGAUUCCAGUCGGAGAUCAAGCGGCUGAAGAUCUCGUCCCCGGUGCGCGUGUGCCAGAACUGUUACUACAACCUGCAACACGAGCGCAGCUCCGAGGACGGCUGCAAGAACUAGACGUCCCCAUCGGCUGCCUCCUCUUCCUCGUCUCCCCGCCUCUUCCUCAUCCUCUCUCGCGUCACGCCCCAUCACCCGUCACUCAUGGCCAACUAUCCCCUCGUCCAGGACCUGCCAGCCAGCACGCUCUGGCCUGCCCCCCCUCCUUAUCUGUGUGUGUGUGUGUGUGUGUGUGUGUGUGUGUGUGUGUGCAAGAGUGUGUGAGCUACCAUGUGGACAGUACUAAUGUAGAACAAAAGGGGAUUAGCGACGUUCAGCGUGUCAUGUGUUUGAGGAAGUUUAAGAAAGGCAGUGAUUGGGCUUUGUGACUUUUUCUUUUUGUAUUAUUAUUUGAUUCUGUUGCGGUCAAUAAGAUGUCCUUCAAGAAUCCUUGUUUUUUCCAUGUCGUCACGUUUUAGAUUUUAGAUGUCCUGUGCGGUAUGCCUCGCAAAGUGAGAAACACCUGUUAAUAGUGUAAAUAAUUACAAUGGCCUUUUUAACUAGAACAGGAAAAACUGAGAAAAAAAUGACUUAUUGAAAGGAAAUAAAAACACAGUCAUUGCCUGUAACAUUGCAUUAUAACAAGCCACUCCUGGCGUUAAAACAAAUACAAAAAGAAAAAGAAAAAAAAAAAACACAAAACAAAAAAGAUUGUGUUUUAGCCAGUGUCACUAGUCACAGAGGUCCCUGUGGGGAUAAUAUUGGGGACGAUGAAUGUUAUAAAUGUUUGUGGGUUGACAUUACUAGCGCGUCUAGUUAUGCAAAUACUUACUUCUUUUGUUUACAAAGGGUUUUUUUUAUGUGUUGCCCACAGUAUCACACAGUUGCCAUUCCAAUGGAAAUCGCAGUCACAAAUUUCCGAACUUCAUUUGCCAAACUGCUGGUUCAUCACUCCGUGUCAUGUAUUUGAAAGGUCUUUGUAGAACCAUGUUUUUCAGAACCACAUUUUGUUGUCCUCGUUCGUCACUUUUAGUUCCCAAGCCAUUAAUCAACAGUGACUGAAUAAUGUAUGUAUGUAUGUAUGUAUGUAUGUAUGUAUGUUCUGUAUGUAUGUAUUUUUUAAGAAUCAUUGUUUGUAUGUUGUAUAUCAUAGCAUACCUGAUAUUGUCAAGACGCUACAUGUGUGACACUGUGCAGUGAGAUGAAUAUCGUGUGUCUGUAACAAUACACAAAGAGGGAAAAUGAUCAUUGAUCGUGUGUAUGUGGAGUAUGAGAUGUUAUUUUGUUUGUUUCUUUAUUUGUUUCUUUGUUUGUUUUUUCUUGGGUCCUCUAAAUGCUUCAUUAUAUUUCACCAGAGAACUGGGUAGUAUAGGUCAGAGCUUUGCUUCUAGGCUAACAAGGGAUUUUUACUCAGAAGAUUGUUUGGUUCAUUUCUCCUCUUAAUUCAUGUAGAACUGGAUUUUUAAAUCACAGUUAACAUCACUCAGUGUUAUACUUUUUUUCCUCCAUUUUCCUUUCUUUUCAGUGAUACCAGGGACUAGUGGAUCCUUGUCAGAUACCAAGUCCAGUGUAACAACAAGUCAUUGAACGCCAGUGUAGAUACUGUUGUCCAGUCAUGUAAGCAAUAGAUUAUGUGGAAUUAUUUCUGAAAAUAUUGCAUGAUGGGAAAUUUCCUUGCUUAGACGUCACACUUGUAGCAUGUAACUUGACUGAUACGUCAUGCCAUUAGAAAAGGGAUCUCACGCAUUUCACUUUAGUGUCUCGUCAUGGUUACAUACGAGACAUAACGAUGUCAAUUAUAUCUAUUUUUUCCUGUUGCCUGCCUGUGGAUGUCAAAUUCUCCUCCCUCCCUCCCUAGAGUGUCCUUUGUUGGUGGUACUGUGGGCAAUACCGAACAGAAGUGCUGCUUUAAUAACUAGAAAGAUUAUUUCUUUCUUUUUUUUUCUUUUUUCUUGAUGUCCCUCUUGACACGUCUGACACACACUUCACUUUAAUGAGCUGUUACACAAGUGCAGUAGGUUCACGGUCACAGAAAACGUUCUCCCUAAGAUCUGCCAUACAAUAUGCACUCACUGUUACUAUCAUCGUUGCUAUGAUCGUUAUUAUUCAAAUAGGUAAUGACGAUAUCCUUACACAUUAAUGUACUGUAUCAAGAGUGCAAUCAUAACAUCGAGCUGUUAAGGCUUGCUGUUUGCAAGCAGCUUCAAAGCCAGGUGGCUAUAUCAAUCUGAACUUGUUCUUGCACCUUCACGUGUACAAAAAUGUCAAGGAAAUCAUAUUUUAUUGAAUGCAUUUCUUUUUUUUAUGUUAGCGGGCUAUCAUUUUAAAGGGUGCGUUUCUUUCCAGUGAGAGACAAACUGUACAGAGUAUUUAUGCAAUUAUACUUUUUUCUCUUUUUUUAAAUUGUUAUUCUGAAUUAUGAAUUCUUGUAAUUUCAGCAAGUUUGGUUACUUGUUGCAUGUCUAACACAGCUGACUUUAUGUGUCAGUGCAUUGUACAUGUUUGGCAUUACGAAUUAUGGUUUCAUGUUUUUAGUUUUCUCCUUUUGUUUUCCUAUGGCUCAUGUUAAUGGCAUUAUCUAAGUAGUUCUGCACCCGGAGAGAUGUGUUCAAGUGCAACUGCAGAAAGAACCGAGAUGGAAGAGCCUUGUCUCUCAGCUGACUUUUGUACUCUGCUUGGGGACUUACAAGACCGGAUCAAAUCCACACAGGGGGUUCUUUUUUUCAAUUUCGGUGGUCUCGUGUUAGACUGCAUUACUACGGUGUCUAGUGUGCAAUCUGUGGUAGAUGAAUGUUCAUUGUAUAUUUGUGUUCAAGUACAGCUGCAAGAAAAUUCUUAGAAAUAACCCCUAAAACAUGUUACUGAUAAUGCAAUAGAUCUGGUACUCAUUUUUUUGAUUUUCUUUUUUAAUUUAAUUUUUGAUUAAAUCCUUGCUGUUUUCCACCGAAAA